AUGUCUGAUACAAGCGAAACUCUUCCGAUCCUUCCAGCUGAGCUGACUCCUGAAUGGUUCAGCGCCAAACUGGGCCACAAGAUCAAGUCCGUCGAGAACACGUGCAACAUCUGGGGUACAGCCAGUAAGCUCUUUUACACCAUUACAUACGAAGAUGAAAGCAGCGAAGAUAGACCGACCAACAUUUGUGUUAAGGGCGUAUUCGAUCCCAACAUGAUUGAGGCUCAACCAUGGACAGUCAGUUUGGCCCAGCGCGAGGCAGAGUUCUUCUCCAAGGUGGCUCCUACUAUCAACAACAUGAUCUUUCCCAAAGGCUGGUGGAGCGGAACAAGCGAGAAGCAGGGUAUUGCCAUCAUGAACGAUCUUGUUAACGAGGGGUGCACUUUUCCUGCCGAGGUAGCUGCUUAUUCCGUUGACAAGGUCAAGAAUGGUGUCGAGCAGUUGGCGGGACUUCAUGCGCAGUAUUGGGGACAGAGCCAGGACGAUCACCCUUGGAUCUGGAACAAUUACGAUCCUGCCAUGACCUUCAUGUGCAGGUCCUGGGAUGAAGUAGUCCGACGACCCGGCCGUCCUCAACUACCAGAAUACCUUAUGGAUGGAACUCGUUGCAACGAAGCUCUGGACCGCUACUACGCCGAGCGCAACCCUCGAUUCAGAACCCUUCUUCACGGCGACACUCACAUUGGCAACAUUUACUUUACCGCCGACGACCGCAUCGGGUUCUUGGACUGGUCUGCCUUUCACUUUGGCUCAUGUUUCCACGACGUGGUGUACCACAUGACAGCCAUGCUCAGCGUUGAAGAUCGUCGGGCUCACGAGAUGGAAAUUCUGGAUCACUAUCUUGAGACCUUGCAUCGUCUUGGCGGUCCCAAGUUCGAUCGGCACAACGAUCCGGAAGUCAUGAUUGAGUAUCGAAGGUCUUUUAUGACCAAUGUUAUCUGGUUGAUCUGUCCGGAUGGUCUGCAGAGUAAGGAGCGGGUUGCGACUUUGUGUGAGAGGACUGUUGCUACUUAUGAUGAUCACAAGGUCAUUGAUGUGAUUCUGGAUCAGCCUAGGCCAACUGCCUAG